CACGCCGCCGCCCACAUCGGAAGCACAGUCGAUGUUCUCGCUGCAAACUCCACCUCGGAGACCUCAGUUCCAUACCCCGAAGGCUGUCUUCGAGACUCCGCCCCCUCCCCGUGGGAUGCCGGAUCUCCCUGGACCACCCUCUGAGGAUGAGGAUGAGGAAGAUGAUCAUACGCCGAUCUUGCAAAGCAGAGAAAUUCAGGGGGAACUAACUGCGCUUAAGACCCCACGUCCUCCUGGUGCUUGGCUUGCUACUCCAGCGCCAUCUCGACUGUCCACCAUCGAGCACAUCGAGCGUGCGGGCUCAGCACCGCCCGCUGAGCAGAAGUCGCCGUCGUCUGAUAGCGGGCUUGCAACUCCACCGUCGACACUCUCGCGGGCAAACUCUCUCCCGCCCAAAACUCCCGCGCCGCCGGGCGGCUGGGUCAACACACCUGCACCGGACACGUCGGCGAGGAGGAAAGCAGCACUGAAAGUCCGUUUCGAUGUCGAAUCCGAGACUGCGUCCGAUGGGACUUUCGAGAGGCCCUCGGCUGACUCGAGCGGGGAGUCCAAGGUGCCUGCCAACGAGUCCAGUGGUGCCCCAUGGAGCAUCGCCGCGCUGCAGAACGCUGAUGGGUCAACAUCCUCAGCGCCUCCGGAGUCUUCUAUCGAGCCCCCGCCCACACCACCCUCCAUGCGGGAUCGGAUUCGACAGAAGUCCCCCAGCAUCCGUGUUCUUGAUGCGUACGGGAGGGAGCAAGUUGAAACGGGCCCCGCUCCAAUAGCGGUGCCUGAGGCGGCUCCAAGGAACGAUGAGUUGCCGACGGACACUCGUGCUGUGGUCCACACGACUCCUCGGCGAGAGGCACGGGCCGGGCCCUCCGCAACACCACGCAGCCGGAGUGCUGUGCGCAUGGUGGAUGCUAUGGGUCGGGAGAUCGAGGAGGAACCGGUGGUGGAAGAAGAGUCGUUCGCGGAGACGCCGUUGUCGCGUAGCGAGGCUCUCUAUCGUAUGCGUGAGACGCUUGCGUCUAUGGCGCAAGAUUUGAGCGACGCCGACAGGUUGAGUGACAAGGCCGUAUUUGACGCGCAGUCAUAUGCUUCCCUAGAGGAGCGAUGUCGGUCUGCACAGACAGCGCGGAACAAACUCUCGAAGUCACUGCAGAUGGUGCAGAGUGCGGAAGUUGAGCUGAAGAGCAAGUAUGCACCUUUGCAGAGUAGGCUCAAGCAGAGCGUCUCCAUGCCCGAUUCUCCGCGUCUCAGCUGGCGUGUGGUCGUCUGGCUUGUUGUACUGCAACUCAUUCUACUGGCGGUCAUGUACCGCUACUCCCUCGCCCAAGCCCGGAAGAUCUUCCUCACGACAUAUUACGACCCGUUCUACCCGGAGCUCUACCGUUACCUCGUGAAACCCAAUACCCACCAACACGCGAUACCCUCAUGCCCUCCAUGGUCCAUCUUCACCGUCUUCAGCAGCCUGCAGCGCGCCGGCCUUAAGGGCGUCGCCGCGGAUGCAUGGACGAGCGCCAGCUGCUCUAUCUCCUCAUCCUUCCAGUCGUUCUGGACCGGCAUGAGCUAUACUCAGAGUGCGAUCCCGUAUUCGUGGCCCCCGACAUGACAUGAACACUAUGCGAUUGGACGCCAUCUAUUUAAACAUAUUCUCUGCGUUAAUUGCAUAUGAGUUAAGUUACAGCACACUGAUUGUCGCUUUGGUUUUUUCUUCCUUUUGUUGUAUGCACUGUGUAUCGCCUCACAAUCUACAUGCCGCAGCUCUGUGGCCAUCUUCCCUGG